GUGAUAAAACACUAAGCUUGUAGCAAUGAAUAACUGUUCGAUCCGAGAUGAUUAUGAUUCUAUGAAUGUAGAUUGUAUAGUCGUAAAUAUGGGAUCUGUAUCCGGAAGAGACAGGGUAUUACUAUUAGAUUACUGUACACAAAGAGAAAGUUUAUGCUCAGUAACAACGAAAAGAGAGUAGGAUUUAGUAAUGUGUACCUAAGAGACAAGUUCAAUACAAGCACUUGCAAGGAAAGUUAAUCUUAGUAUCAUACCAAUUAAAGAAAAAAUGUGUUAAGACCUCGUAAGACAAUACUAAUUAAUAACAGAGUCAGCAUAUAUGGUUUUCUUUUAUAUAUUUAUACUUGGUUGCACAAUUUCUGCGCAGAAAGAAGAAUUUAGCACGCAGUUAAACAAGCUGGUGAUUGAAGUAAAGGGUCUUUUUGUUCAAGAGGUGGACGUUUUGCAAAAAUUAGAGUUUGUUGAUUGGAUCCAAAAGCUAGGCCUUGCCAUCCACUUCCAGAAGGAAAUCAAUGAGUUCCUCGAAACUGUACUUGUCUAUUUCAAAAACAGCAACAAUCCUACUAUUAUAGGACAGAAUUUGCAAGUAACAGCACUAUGCUUCCGUCUUCUAAGGCAGCAUGGACAUAAUGUUUUGCCUGGCAUACUAGGUAACUUCUUAGAUGAAAAGGGUAUAAUAUUGAGGAAAAGCUCCUUUGCUGGUGAUGUUAAAGACGUUAUGGAGCUUCUUGAGGCCUCACACUUGAGCUUAGAAGGAGAAAAUAUAUUGGAUGAGGCCAAAACUUUUGCAAUCAAUUCUCUGAAGAAUGCUUUCACUCUCACUUCCAGCAAUAACAUGCUUCUUGACAGAGUGGUCCAUGCUUUGGAGCUUCCGUCCCAUUGGAGAGUACCGUGGUUUGAAGUCAAAUGGCAUGUUAUGCAAUACGAAAAGGAGAAACACAUGAACCCUGUUUUAUUUGAAUUGGCUAAAUUAAACUUCAACGUCAUUCAGUCCAAUCUUCAAAACGAGGUCAAGGAAUUAUCCAGGUGGUGGGAGAAUCUUGGCAUACAAAAAGAGUUGAGCUUUGCAAGAAAUAGAUUGGUCGAAAGCUUCAUGUGUGCAGCCGGAGUUGCUUUCGAGCCUAAGUACAAAUCCAUGAGGAAAUGGCUCACAAAAGUGAUUAUUUUCGUCCUAGUGAUUGAUGAUGUUUAUGAUAUUCAUGCCUCAUUUAAAGAAUUGAAGCCGUUCACAAUGGCAUUUGAUAGAUGGGAUGUCAAAGAACUUGAAGAACUUCCGGAGUACAUGAGGAUUCUCUUCCAUGCACUUAAAGAUGUGACAAAUGAAACUGCUCAUGAAAUUGCUGGAGAAAACAAUUUUAACAUGGUGUUACAUUACCUAAAGAAAGCGUGGAUAGAUUUUUGCAAAGCAUUAUAUAUGGAAGCAGAGUGGUAUAAAAAGGGAUAUAUUCCAUCUUUGCAAGAAUAUCUAAACAAUGCUUGGAUUUCAUCUUCGGGACCAGUAAUUCUACUCCAUUCAUAUUUUGCCACAAUCCAUGAAGUAACGGAUGAGAUAGAUGACUUUCUACACACAUAUGAAGAUUUGGUCUACAAUAUAUCUCUUGUAAUUCGACUUUGCAAUGAUUUAGGGACCACAGUGGCUGAAAGAGAAAGGGGUGAUGCUGCUUCAUCAAUCACAUGCUACAUGUAUGAAAUGGAUGUUUCAGAGGAGAUAGCAAGAAAGCAUAUCCAAGGCAUCAUAAACAAUGCAUGGAAAAAGAUAAAUAGGCACUGCUCCACUAAUGUUGCUUCUUCGGUGGAACCAUUUCUUACUCAGGCCAGAAAUGCGGCUCGUGUGGCCCAUACACUCUAUCAAAAUGGUGAUGGGUUUGGUAUGCAGGAUCGAGAUAUCAAAAAGCUUAUCCUAUCACUUAUUGUUGAGCCCUUUUAAAAGUUCAAGGGCAUGCAUGUGUGAUUUAUUAAAAGAUAAUGUAACUACAGUUUCAAAAAGUUGUAUUUUGUUUAAUUAUUAAAAAUAAUGGAAGUAUUAGGCAAAAAAUAAUUCUAAGCAACAU